CAUGCUGAUGCCGCGACGUCUCCAUAGCGACCAGACCCCGGAAAUAAACCCUAACCUGCCGAGGGGAGAGUUUGGUUUAUUAGCCCACUGCUCCUUCAGCUGCCUCUUUGUUUACCUGAGGGGAGUUUGUUUGUUUGUUUGUUAAUAAUCAUGUCGGAGCCCGAGGAGGAGCUGAGCCAACAGAGAGACAGCUCAAAGAAGAAGAAGAAGACAGACAAACGGAGCGGGAAGAAGAAGAAGAAGAAGCGGAGGGAGAGACGGGAAGAAGAGGAAGAGGAGCAGGAGGUGGGGGAAGAGGAGAAAAAGGAACACAGUGAAUGUGUCGUGCUGCGUGGGAUCUUCAGACUGGGGAAGAAGAGUCACGACGUUCUGCUCACCCGAACCAGACUGAGCUGGACCCCCAUCACGCCUGAGACCCCCACAGGUGAGCCAUGUGUAACACAGCCAGGUUUGCUGCUGCUGCAGGACGUUUAUGCAGUGAAGGUGAAGCGGCGGCGAGCAGCAGGCCAGGAGUCGGGGGGAGCCGUGCUCGGCGUGGCCCUCUUCUGCUGCAAGAGGACAGGGAGGAAGCUGGAGGUGGACACGCUUCACCUCAACAACGCCUCCACGGAACACACACAAACCUGGUACAACACCCUGAGGGAGCUGCUCACAGGGUUCAGUCGUCCUAGGUACCUGAAGGUCUUCAUCAACCCCAGCAGCCACAAGAAGGAGUCUGUGCACAUCUACAGAGAACACGUGGCUCCGCUCUUCAAGAUGGCCGACGUCCGCACCGACAUCACGGUGACAGAGAGAAAGGGUCAUGCUCUCUCAGUGAUGAAGGAAUGCAAGCUGGAUGAAUAUGAUGGGGUGGUUUGUGUUGGCGGUGAUGGCUCGGUGGCGGAGCUGUGUCACUCUCUGGUCCUCAGAGCUCAGCUGGAUGCAGACUCCCCAGAGAAACCAGUGAAACCAGUGCUGCCGCUGGGGAUCAUUCCUGCAGGCUCCACAGAUGUGGUUUCCUGUUCUGUUCAUGGAGUUAGAGAUCCGGUCACAGCAGCGCUCCACAUUGUUCUGGGUCACCAGCAGCAGGUGGACAUGUGCAGCUUCUCGUCUCUCGGUCAGUUGGUGUGUUUUGGUUUCUCCGCCAUGUUUGGCUUCGGUGGGCGGAGCUUAGCAAGGGCGGAGAAGAAGAGGUGGAUGCCGUCAUCGCGGCGACGAGAGUACGCCCUAUUGAAGACGCUGGCAAGACUAAAACCGGAGGAAUGUCAGCUGUCUUUCCUCCCAGCGAAGAAAUCAACCGGGAGUCUGUCUGAACAUCUAGAUACCGACCAGGAUCUGGACCAGGAUCCAGAGGAGACCUGGACGACCAAUCAGGGCCUGUAUCUGAACAUCAGCAUCAUGUCCAUCCCCUGUCUGAGUCCACAUGCACCUCGAGGACUUGCUCCUAACACCAGUUUGGCCAAUGGCAGCGCGACGCUGACCGCAGUGGGAAACACUUCCAGGUCAGAGUUUGUCAAACACCUGAAGAGAUACAACAGCUCCAGUGGACAGUUCAGCUUCUCCUUCGUGGAGACGCACGACGUGUCAGCGGUGAGAGUCCGUCCCCGCUCACUCGUUGGCUGGUCGGAAGAGGAGAGCGAGGAGGAGGUCGACUCCAAAACAACACCCAUCAUCCAAUCAGAGGGUGCCGCCUUCCCCUGGAAUAUUGAUGGGGAGCUGGUGGAAAUCGCUAACGAAGUGCUCAUCAGGGUCCACCCGCGGCUCAUCACGCUGUACGGGGACGAGGUGGAUGAGGCCGAUACAACCGUCACCUGCAGUUGUAUCUGAUUCCAGCAGAGCUUUGUUGGCCCCAAACAGGUCGCCUCGGUAACCUUGACUCAGCAGUGCCACCUAAGUCGUUGCGUUUUCAAUAGCAACGGAAUUUUUGUCCAAGAUGUAUUAAAAGUAGCAAGAAGGUGCAAAAAAUCUGCAUUAAUUGAUGUUACAUUUUUUGCCCUAAAGAUUAAUCUUUUGCAGCUUUAAAUAACAACACAUUAACUGAUGCACGGCCAUUAAUUGCUUUUUAUACCUGUUUAACUCCUUUCACUGAUUGAAUGGCUAAUUUUCAAAUGAAUGUUUAAAUUUUUCUAUAUUGUAAUUAGGCUGCCAGCAUCGUUCAAUUGACCUGUCAUUUAUUUGUGUUGUAUUGUUUUUUUUUACAAGUUUGACUUCUUAAUUUAUGUCACCCAGUGUUUAGCUGGCUCUACAUCAGUGACCUGAAGCUCUGGUUUAAUAUUUCUUCUUGAAAAUGUGAAAUGUAAAUUAAAUGUAGUUGUGGCAGUUACCUGUGAAAUAACCAGCAAUGAAUCAUAGUUAAUAUCAAAUAUAUAUAAAUUAAUAUUAAACAUAUUCAAGAUAAAUAACUUUCAAACUUAUUUUUCAACAUAUAAAAAGCUGUUUUCUAUUAAGCUUGACAGUUUUUUUAUUGAGAUCAUAUAUUUUUAGAAUGACGCCUGUGAACACAGAAAAGGACAAGUUGUUGCUUAAAUAGAAAAUCGUUUUUUUCUUUUUAAUAGAUGUGUUGAUAAAAACAGUGAGACUCUCCAGUGCAGAACAACUUGACAUAAACAAAAACACAAUAUUAAAGCAUUAAAGACAUUUCUGUGUGAUGUGCUUUUGUACUGAGCAGAUAAAGAGAAGGGAGGAAGCAGCUGUUUUAACCGUCUGUAUUCUCAGAGCACCGACAGUUAAAACAAACUUUUUAACACUUUUAAUAACUCAAACAUUGUUAAAAGCCGAUUUACAAGUAGUCGUCUAGGAUUUAAUCCUGUGGCUCAAUGUGUUUACCUGAACCACCUCUUCUGACAUCACCCACCUCUCUCAGUUCUUUUUUCACUGAUGUGUCGUUUGAAGAAUAUCAGAGCACCUUAAGAAUCACUUAAUAAAUAAAUGUAUUAUUAUCGAUCUCCGAGUCAUGUGGGCAUGUAGAGACACUCAGCAAAUAAAGAAGAUAAAAACAUUUCACUGAAGUCAAACAGCAAAAAGUAUUCAAGCUGGACUUGAUGUCACUUGAUAUGUUUCUCGAAGUUUUACGUAAAGGAAACAGACAAUCCUUCUCACGUCAGUCCCACCUGGCCGUACAUUGUUCUCAGUUUGUUUUUGGCACAGGAUUAUUUCCCUGAAUUGAUCAGUCAGUGGAAAACAAGCAGACGACAGUUACAACAGUGAAAUCAGACUGAAGGCGUUAAGGCUUUUUUGGGGGGUUUGUGUUUUACAUUCUGCUAAGAAUGUUUUCUCCCAGCUUUCAUCCUCUGACAUGGAAAUAGAUUGUUUUCCUGUCGAUGUAAACAACCAGCCAUAUCCUUUAUCCUAUACAUUUUUAUAAAGGACCGCUACGCCACUUAAAUUUGUAUCUUACUGAUCAUUUGGGGCUUUUAUGGAAACAUUAUACCAUUAAUAAUCAAAUUAAUAAUAUCACAUUAACUAUAUAACAAUAGGUAGAAUAUCUGUGGAAACAGGAACGACGGCUGUUUAACCAUAGAAUGGAAAAUAUUGUGUAUAUUGAAUAUAAAACCAAAUGUUUAUGUUUUAAGUGCAACUUGGCUCACCAAGGAAAAAUGUGAUAGCUAUUAUAAGUCCUAAAAUAUCCUGAGGCUCAAAAAGAUGUCAGAUGUACUUUUACAAACUAGAUACAACUAUAGAUUUUAUUCAGAUAAUUACAGCUGUUAUCGUUGUUUCCUCGUGUCCAAUCGGUUCUUUCAGUUUGCCCUGACACCCAGUGCUGUGUAUCUCUGGUCACAUAAAACGUGAGGAGACAAGUCAGCCAAAUGGAAACCAGCCAGCAGCAACCCACUUCCUGAGCUUCUUACUAGUUUCUAUUAAUAAAGUGGAGAAAAGCCCCAACUUUCAGUAAUCAUCUCGAUGGUCCACUAAGGAGGAAAAAGAUGUAUUAAGCUCUGUCUCAUGAUUUUCUGCUCUAUCAAAGCUCUGUCAAAAAAGGUGUUGAAUAAAAAAACAUGUGGUGCAACACAACUUGUAAGCUUCAGUUCAGCCAACUACUCCCUGAAAGGCCAGCAGUGCAAUGAUCACUGUUGUUCAGCGCUACAAAUUCUCAUCUUCUAAACAAAAAUUUGCCUGAGGAAAUCAACUGAAUGUGACAUUUUAGUUAAGAUGCGGCUGUGACAUGAAACUCAAACAAAACAAAUGUCACAAGUUCUGGUAUUUACUGUCUGUUAAAUCUGCAGCCUGUGAUCUGAAUGGUUAGACUGCAUCCACAUGGAGAAGUCCUCAGUCCGUCCUGGGGAUGUCCUUCCCCUCCGUCCUCUCACUCACUCCUCUUCACUGUCUCUGUCUAAUAAAGGUCUAAAAA